CCGGUCAGUCUGUGAACAGUUGCUGGUGCGUGUUGUUACAAACGCCGCUGUUAUGGGGUUUCCAAGUGUUGUUGACAGAGUAAUUGAAUAUAUUCUUAUAAAUUAUCGCUGGGUUUUUGUUUGUUUCUUCUUGCUUCCAGCUUCUUUACUAUAUGAAAUUUAUAAUUACGGGAGAAACUGGAUUAUAGUUAAAUUAAACAGUGCUCCGAAACUGCACCACAGAAAAGUACAAAAUGUACAGAAGCAGGUACAGAAUUGGAGGGCGUCAGGAAUGACCGUUCCAAUGUGCACUUCCAGACCAGGGUGGCAGACAAUGUCACUGAGCAAACCAAAGUACAAGAAGAAGCUUUGGAACAUUGACAUUAAUUUGAUUGAUAUUUUGGAAAUUGAUGUUGAAAAACAGACAGUACGUGUAGAACCUCUGGUGACAAUGGGUCAGUUGACAGCUACUCUUGAUCCAUUGGGUUGGACUAUACCCAUUGUUCCAGAACUAGAUGACCUAACUGUUGGUGGACUUAUAAUGGGUACAGGUGUGGAAUCUUCUUCUCACAUAUAUGGCCUGUUUCAACACAUAUGUGUAUCUUAUGAGCUAGUUUUGGCUGAUGGCAGUUUGGUAACUUGCUCAAAGGAAUCAGAUCCAGAUUUAUUUUAUGCUGUUCCAUGGUCAUAUGGCACACUAGGUUUCCUCACAGCUGCAGUAAUCAGAAUCAUCCCAGCGCAGAAGUAUGUGAAAUUGAACUAUCAUCCUGCAUAUUCCUUGGAUGAUGCUGUGAAAGUGUUUGAAGAACAAAGCAUGAAAAAGGAUGAAAAUGAUUUUGUGGAGGGUUUAUUGUUCAGUGCUGACCAGGCUGUUAUUAUGACUGGAAAUUUUUCGUCUACCUGUGAACCUGGAAAACUGAAUGAAAUAGGAAAGUGGUACAAACCAUGGUUUUUCACUCAUGUUAGGAAGGCUCUGGAGGAGGGUCCUGGCCAUGAGUAUAUACCACUGAGAGAGUACUAUCACAGACAUACAAAACCACUCUUUUGGGAAGUUGAGAAUAUAAUUCCAUUUGGCAACAACAUUAUCUUCCGCUACCUACUGGGUUGGAUGAUGCCACCAAAGGUCUCAUUAUUGAAAGUAACUGAAACAAAAGCCAUCACAAAUCUAUAUGAAAAUAAUCAUAUUAUUCAAGAUUGGUUAGUACCAGUGAAAUCCCUGAAAGAGUCCCUUCUCAACUUCCAUGAUGCUGUGCAGGUGUAUCCUGUAUGGUUGUGUCCUUUUAACUUGCCGAAUGAUCCUGGAAUGGUCCAUCCAGUUGGAGAGAGAGAAGAACUUUAUGUUGAUAUAGGAGUGUAUGGAGUACCAAAAGUACCAGAGGGUACAAAAUAUCAUGCAGUCAACACAACAAGAAAUCUUGAAGAUCUUGUUGCCAAAGUUGGUGGUUUUCAGAUGUUGUAUGCAGACUCAUACAGAACCAAGGAAGAAUUCCGUCAGAUGUUUGACCACAGGCUCUAUGACAAAAUGCGAGACCAGCUGGAGUGCAAGAAAGCUUUUCCUGAUGUUUAUGAUAAAGUCAGCAAACAAGCAAGAUCACACUGAUAUGAUAAAGACAAAUUAUAUAUGGUUCAGGUCCAUUUGAAAUAAGAGCAAUAUUACCAUAGUUACUUUUGUCAUUUUCCUAUGUACAUUGGCCUUUUCAAAUUUAAGAAAAUAGAAGAUUUUAAUUUAUUAUUUGUAUACAUGUACUUCCGUCUCAGAUGCAACUUGUUAUCUUGUCCUACUCCUGUAUCACCACAUGUUUCGGCUGUACAUGGAAGUUAAAAUAUCAUAAUGUAAUUUUUGUUGUUGUUGCCACUUAUUCAUUCAAAAAUAUUGUCAUGUAUUAGGGGGUUUGCAUGACUGUCAAUAACGGGUUUUGGAUUGAAUGAUUGGAUUUAUUAACACCUUAUUUUACAAUCAGUCAUAAUCACAAUCAUUUACAAUAACUCACAGUCGAUCUUCAGCUGAACUCUUCUUCCUUGACUGCCAAGGACUCGCACCAUUCUCAUUCUUGUUCCCAUUCUGUUCUGCACUACUUAUAUAGUCUCGGAGCAGACCCAUAGAAAAUACAUCCAUUGUACAGCAUUGGCUAUAUGUGAACCACAAAGAAACACUUCUUCCAAUACCUUUUCUGUUGUUGCAUGCAUGUAUUGCAGGCGUUGCGGUAGAUAGAGUUUUACAGCCGUUUGGGUGGUCUGUCUGGCUGGUGAAGUAGGGCUGUGUGCACUGGUGGAAAUAGAUGUUGGCUACGGCGUGUUGGCUGAUGUUGCGGCAGCCGAGUUAGUUGCCUGGUUGUAGUGCGGCAGUUGCCGGAAGUUGCCUGGUCACAGUGCGGCAGUUGCUGGAAGUUGCCUAGUCGCAGAGCGUGGUUGCUGGAAGAUGUCUGGUCGCGGAGUGUGGUCGCUGGAGUGGCGGCAGCUGCGCCAGUUGCCCGGUGUGUUGGGCAUGGCCACCGGAGAGCCGAGGCAGCUGUCACUGGUGCAGUGAAGAGCUGAUGACUCCGAAGACCAAUCGCUCUGGACUAAGUGUGAUGGCUGACUAGCUGAUGUGGUCACUGAUGAUUGCGAGCUUUGGGCUCCACGUUUUAUACCAUGCUUGAUGGAGGAGCGAAACUUGCAGUUGCGAUUGUGAGCGCUGAUUGGCUAGCACAUGUAAUGAUCUGAAUGUGGCCUAGACAGCGAGUGCU